AUGGCGGGAGCCCCAACGUAUCGGCCCAUGGUGGCAUGGGUGUACGACACAAUGCUAUGGUUAUUCUCAGUGCUCGUAGAUUUGUUUUUUCGAGAAGUACAUCCCCGAGGAUCUUGGAAAGUUCCUAAAAGAGGCGCAGUGAUACUUGUUGCUGCUCCACAUGCGAAUCAGAAUGUUCUUCGGCUAACUGCGUUCAUUUCAUCAUCUACGGAACAGUUCGUGGACUCCUUGAUUUUAAUGCGUGUUGUGCGCCGAGAGCUACAGAGACGGAUUGCCUUUCUUAUCGCGGAGAAAUCUUUCCGGCGAAAGUUCAUCGGGAUACUUGCCAGGGCUUCUGGCGCUGUACCCGUCUCUCGAGCAAUGGAUAAUAUGAAGCCAGGUCGGGGAACUAUAUAUCUGCCUGACCCCAUCAACAACCCCACAGUUUUACGGGGAAUUGGUACCAAUUUUGAGAACCCGGAAUUUCAAGUUGGUGGGACAAUUACACUUCCGACCGUCAAUGGACAGGCUGCUAGCACAGAUAUCAGCGAAAUACGUGGUCCCGAAGAAAUAAUUUUGAAGAAGCCCUUCAGGACUAGAGACGCCAUUUAUCAAUUGACGGGCAGACAUGACAUUACCACGGACGGGAGGGUUACUGGGGAAGCUUCACAUCACGACAAUUCCAAUUUUAAGGGUAGCAAAUUUAAGGUGGCACCUCAUAUUGAUCAAACGAAAGUCUACAGGGCGGUUUUUGAUACGCUUAACAACGGCGGCUGCAUUGGAAUUUUCCCAGAGGGUGGUAGUCACGAUCGCCCCGACCUUCUUCCUUUAAAAGCUGGCGUAGCACUGAUGGCCCUUGGAGCCUUGGCUGAAAACCCUGAGUGUUCUGUGAAGAUCGUGCCAUGUGGGAUGAAUUACUUCCAUGCCCACAAAUUUCGUUCUCGAGCGGUUAUCGAAUUUGGAAACCCCAUUGAAGUUCCUCCAGAGCUCGUUCAGAUGUACCGGGAUGGUCAUAGGCGCGAAGCGGUUGGUUCGCUAUUAAGUACUAUCUACCAGGCCCUCGUUUCCGUCACGGUAACUUCUACGGACUACGAAACAUUAAUGUUAAUUCAAGCUGCCAGACGUUUAUACAAUCCGACUGGCAAAAAGCUGCCCCUUCCUGUCGUGGUGGAGCUUAAUCGUCGCUUAGUCAAAGGCUAUGAACACUAUAAAGAUGAUCCGAAAAUCAUUGAAGUUAAAAAGUCAGUGAUGGAAUAUAAUAAACAGCUGUGGCUACUUGGGAUCCGGGACCACCAGGUCGAGUAUGCAAAAUUCUCGAUUCUUAAGGUUGUCACUACUUUGAUAUAUCGCCUCAUUAAACUUGCUGUCAUGACCAUCGCCACGCUACCUGGCCUGAUCCUCUUUGCCCCUGUGUUUGUGGCAACGAAAACGAUUUCUAUAAAAAAAUCGAGAGAAGCACUUGCGGCAUCAAGUGUUAAAAUUCAAGGCCGGGAUGUAAUGGCUACGUGGAAACUUCUUGUUGCUCUAGCGUUCGCGCCCUUAUUGUACGCCUUCUAUACCGCUGUUCUUACCUAUUGGACGCACUAUAACCGUGUGCAAGGAUAUGUUCCCCAAUGGGUGUCACUAUGGUUGGUGGUGGCCUUUGGGUUCAUUUUUUUCCCCUCCGUUACGUUUGCAGCCUUGAGAGUCGGUGAAGUUGGAAUGGAUAUCAUUAAAUCCCUCCGCCCUUUGGUACUGUCACUCAAUCCAACGUCUGCGAAUACGCUCCAUAAACUUCGGAUUCGGCGCCAAGAAUUAUCCGAAAAUGUCACAUCCCUGAUCAAUACCUUUGGACCUGAACUGUACCCUGAUUUCGAUGCUACACGCAUUGUUGCCGAUCCAUUCAAAGAGACAUUUUUCACCGAUGAUAGCCCUGUUAAACCCAAGCCAGAAAUUGUUGAACCCCAGAUGGACGGCGAGAAUUCUAACGCCGACGAUCAUCUCCCAAGAAAUGAGUCCUUCCAUGACCUUGCCAACAUUGGGUUUUUCUCUACACGUCCUCCCAGUCGCGAUAGUCACAGUCGAACUAGCUCCAGCGGUGGUCUGGUAGGCUCUGCAGGGUUCCCUGUUAAAGCACUUACCACUUUGGACAGCAAGGAAAGUUUUGCGGAAGUCACCAAACGAAUUCGUGGGGCUAUGAGAGAGCGUGGACGACGGCGGCGUAAGAGUGAGGAUAGCGGGUGGUCAAUGGCGAGCUCGGGAUCCGUGUCCCCUGUUCGGAUGGAGUCACUGAAACAGAGGUAA